AGGGACUUGAGAUUCCAAGUGAAAACGACCACAUUCGGUUUCGAACCUCCCAGAAUGUCGUUCCCUCAACCAUUACCCGGUCGCCUCCGCCAAGCCGCGCGCACCUUCUCCCAAUUGGCGUCUCCCGCACGAUCCGGCGCCCAGCACCGAGCAGCCUCAAUACCGCGCCGCCCCUCCGUCUCGACCCCCUUGCGUCCUGGCCGUCAUACCCAAACGAAGCGACACAGCUCCCAGCAGCCGCCCAAACCCCCCGGCGCCCCUCCGCCCACGCCGGCCUCCCCGCCGCAGCAGCGCCUCUCGCGCGUUCUCGACCGCCUGCCCCGUCCCCUCCGCCCCUACGCCUCGCGCCUGCGGUCCGCGCCGCUCUCGCACGCCGCCGCCUUCCUGGUGCUGCACGAGCUGACGGCCGUGGUGCCGCUGCUCGGCCUGUUUGCCCUCUUCCACUACACGGAUCUGCACGUCGCGCCCGUCGCCUGGGUCGCGGCCCGCUACGGCCCGUACGUCGACGAGGGGCUGGGCCGGUUCGAGCGCUACUUUCGCCGCAAGGGCUGGUUCGGCCUAGAGCCGGGCGAGGGGCAGAAGGAGGGGGAGGCGGAGGGAGGCGCCGCCGCCGCCGGGGUGGAUAGGGUGGCUGCUCUCCAAGGCGCGCAGGGGCCGUAUCGGGCCGUGGUCGAGAUCGCGCUCGCCUACGCCAUCACCAAGGCGCUGCUGCCGUUGCGGAUUGCGGCGAGCAUCUGGGCCACGCCAUGGUUUGCGGGUGUUCUCGUGCGCACAAGAACCCUUUUGAGCAGCGGGAGGAAGUCGCAGUAG